GCCCUGGAGUGCGGGGGAGGAGGCAGAGAUGUAGUCUGAGCAGUUUGGGGCUGCCUGGAUUCCUUUGGGGCAUGACCUGGGAGAUGUGUGCUGGGAAGAGGCUGCUGAGCUGUCACCUGAUGCACAGCAUCCCUGAUGUGGGCACCUGGAUGUUGGGAAGUAUCCCAGGAUUCCUCUGAUGUGCUUCCUCUGGCUUUGCUCCAAGCAGGAGCUUCCCGCAGGGCUGGCGAGCGGCCGGCGGAGGAGCUCUGAGGAAGCCCAGCCCGGGGGAAGUUGAAAGGCGAACUUUGAAGGCGAAGGAAGUCGGGGCUCCGCGCUCCGGGAGUGGCCGCGCCGCCGCCGUGUCCCCGUCCUGCUGCUGCCGGGAGCGGCUGCGGCUGCCAGAGGACGAGCCGCGUUUGCUGCUGCUCUCUGCCGCCUCAUUUCCAGCAGAAGAAGAAUGCCAACACGAAGAUGAAGUAGAGCGUUUCCUACGCUGGCCGCACGCCGGUGCCGGCUGGGUAGGGACGGGCUCUGCCUCUGGCCAAACCCAUCGCAGGGACAACAAGAUGAAGCCAAGGAGGAGCUUCCCACCCCGCUGGAGCCGCAGUGAGUGCUGCCCACUUUAAAAAGCCCAUGUGCCACCGUCCCCGGCGAGAUGAAAGAAGUGGUGCUGUGGUCACCCGAGGAGGUGACCGGCUGGCUGACGGACAAUGCCGUGCCGGAGUACUGUGAGCCCCUGAAGAACUUCACCGGGCGGGACCUCAUCAACCUGACGGAGGAGGAUUUCAAGAAAUCCCCUCUGUCCCGGGUGUCUUCCGACAGCGGGCAGCGGCUGCUGAACAUGAUCGAGGGGCUGAAGAUGGCUCACCACAUGGAGGCUCACAAGAACGGCCACGCCAACGGGCACGUGCGCGCCGGCGACGCCGCGCGCCAGAACGGCUUCGGCACCGCGCUCAAGCUCAAUGGGGGCAUCCCCAACGGGUUCAAGAAGGAGAUGAUCAAGAUCCCCAUGCCCGAGCCGGAGCGCUCGCAGUAUCCCAUGGAGUGGGGCAAGACUUUCCUGGCUUUUAUUUAUGCACUUUUUUGUUUCGUCUUCACCACGGUGACUAUCUCGGUGGUUCAUGAACGAGUGCCUCCCAAGGAGGUGCAGCCUCCCCUCCCAGAUGCAUUUUUUGAUCGCUUUGAUCGGGUGCAAUGGGCUUUUUCUAUUUGUGAAAUCAACGGCAUGAUCCUUGUAGGACUGUGGUUUGUUCAGUGGCUGCUCUUAAAAUACAAGUCUAUAAUUAGCAGAAGGUUUUUCUGUAUCGUUGGCACACUAUACCUGUACCGGUGUAUUACCAUGUAUGUGACUACACUCCCAGUACCUGGAAUGCAUUUCAAGUGCUCUCCAAAGCUCUUUGGAGACUGGGAAUCUCACCUGAGAAGGAUAAUGAAGUUGAUUGCUGGCGGAGGCUUGUCCAUCACGGGCUCCCACAACAUGUGUGGGGAUUACCUGUACAGCGGCCACACCGUCAUCCUCACCCUCACCUACCUGUUCAUCAAAGAGUAUUCCCCACGGCGACUCUGGUGGUACCACUGGCUCUGCUGGGCUCUCAGCAUGGUGGGGAUGUUCUGCAUCCUCCUUGCUCAUGACCACUACACUGUGGACGUGGUGGUGGCUUACUACAUCACUACAAGGCUAUUCUGGUGGUACCACACAAUGGCCAACCAGCAAGUGCUAAAAGAAGCUUCGCAAACGAACCUCCUUGCAAGGGUGUGGUGGUACAAGCCCUUCCAGUACUUUGAGAAGAAUGUGCAAGGCAUUGUACCUCGCUCGUACCACUGGCCCCUGCGGUGUCCGGCGCUGGCGCGGGGCCGGCAGGUCAAGUACAGCCGCCUGGCGAGUGACACCAGGUAACAGCAGUGUCACCCCGCAGGACCUGCCCCAAGUGCUCACACCUCCCAGAGAAGAUGCCAUAAACAAACACCCACCGCUCCCCGACCCCUUUCUUUAGCAGCUCCCCACUGGACCUGACCUGUUCAGUUACCUGGUAAGCACUGUGAUCUUUUUUUCUCUCCAAAGGAUCUGCGUUGGACAACAAUAAAAGAGAAUUUAACUGAUCAUGCACUGUUAUACAUUUCUUGUUGGUAGAGUUGGGAUUUGCAUUUUGCCCAUCACCAUUGUUCCUUUGUAUAUGAUGCGACAACAUAGAUGAAAAAGCUUUUAUAUCAUGAGUUCUGGUCUUUCCAGUCACGUCUGGGAACAAAGCAUAUUAUUUUCUUGGGAAAACAUACUUUUCAUAUCUCUUGCCCCAAAGAUUGGGCUGUAAGCCAUUUUCUAGCAAAUGACUAUAUGAAGGUUUCUAAAUAUCUGCCUUGGGUGAAAUCAAGAAAUCUUUCUACCUGUUGCACCUGCGCUACGAAUAAGAUGAUAGACACAGAAAGGUUUGGUAAAUCCUGAUUUUGUAGAUUCUGCAGUGACUGACUGUGUCAAAAAAGUGCAAAAAAAAAAAAAAAGAAAAAAAAAAAGAAAAAAAAAGAGAGAAAAAAUGUAAAGUGAUUUUCUAAGUAUUUCCUAACUUUAUUUUUCAAAAUGUGUAUGAAAAUAAAAAAAAAUUAAAUUUAAAAAGAUUUUUACAUGUCAGAGAAUAGAGAGUUAAAAAAAAAUUUAAAGAAAAUGCUUCUUGGGAGAGAGAGAGAUUUGUCUAUGUUUCUAGUGCCUUUCUUGUCUUGAUUGUAUGGUCAGUAGGCAGUCUUAAAUGUUUUUAUUUAAAACAAAGUAUUCCAUGAAAGCAGAAUUAUAUAUACUGUAUAAUUACUAAUUUUUGCAUUUAUAGCUAAAUUAAACUGGAAAUUUGCUUAUAAUGUUGAAAUUGCCACGUGUAGGGAAAAGCCUCCCACCCCACCAAAUACAAAAGGGUCCGACCUUGCUCACACAUUGUGGGCAGGUCAAGCCAAAAAAGAAUCACUUUAUUGUUCUACUUGGUAGCUGGGUUUUAAAAAGCAAAACAGCCAUGAAUUCCUGUUUUUUAAGAAUUUUACAAAUGAUCACUGAGUGAACUAUGAAUGGUUUCUCCAUCCCCUUAUCGGAGUGUUGUUGAAAAACAACAAAGAUAAUCUAUUUCUUUAAAAUAUUUGUGCAGAAACUGCAUGGAAUUCUUAAGUUUCCACUCCUACCAUACAUACUGUAUGUUUGGGGAAGUCUCCUAUCCUAAAACUUGCCAAUGUGCAGAACAAAAAUAGUUUUUAUAAAAAAAAAAAAAAAAAAAAAGAAAAGAAUGAAGAAGAGAAAAAUAUAUAUAUAAAUAUAUAUAUAUAUAUAUCCAUUCUGUAUUUUACGUGAAGCAGAGUUAUCUUCUGUAGGUUUUUUGUGUAUUCACAAGGUGAUAUUUGUAUUGUAAAACAACAAUGGUGAAGGAAAAUAAAAAAAGGCUUUUGAAAAAUGUAGUUUCCUUUUAUCUUCUUAAUAAUUCAGUUGAAAUUUAAAGCUGGGUUUAUUCUUCCAAACCUUGCCUUUAAGUUGAUGUUAUUGCACUGUAGGCCAUCCGAUGUGGACUGUAUGGAAACUGCAUUGAUGUGGAAUUGCUGUAGGGCAAAACAGUGCCUUAAUUACCUGAAAUAAAUGCUAUGCAAUCGGGAGGAGCCUUCCUGGGAGCCAUCUCCAGGCCUUGAAAAAUCUACCCUGCAACUGCUGGGAUGCAGCACAGGGCAGGGUGAGGCAUCCCUUCCCCCAGCAGCUGCCAGAAACAGAAAAAAGAAAAAAAAAAAAAAAAGAGAAGAGAAGCCAAUUUCUGUGUGUCCAUGGUGGUGAAAGUGUCAUUUUUUAUUGUAAUUUUUUCCUCUUUUCCUUUUUCCUUUUUCCUUUUUCUCCUUUCCUUUCCUUUCCUUUCCUUUCCUUUCCUUUCCUUUCCUUUCCUUUCCUUUCCUUUCCUUUCCUUUCCUUUCCUUUCCUUUCCUUUC